GAAAAGCGCAACUAACAUUUCUUCUUAGUUUCAAGAUACUAUAUACAAAUGUUAAGAAAAUAAAUGCAAAUGACUCUUCAUCAGUUUUCUCCCAGUCUUUCAGAUCCUGGAUGUCCUUAUUUGUCUCAGAUGGGUCAGUCACUUUGAUGCUAGCAAUCAAAUCUUAAGUGUUACUCCGCUUUGAAAUAAUGGAAGCAGAGAUGGCGAAGCAACGUUGGAAGGGUUCCAUGAAGGCUUUUCAGAGUCAUCUUGAUCCUGAAAAAGAAGAACAAUUGAAAGGCAUUAAAAAAGAGAUUGAAAGCAAGGUAAAAAGGAUUGUGAAGCUGAGCAAAAGUAUAAGCAAAGGAAGUAGAGAUGGGAACUUAAGGAGAAGAUCAGAACUUAUCCAACUUGUUGAUGAUUUCCACAAACAAUACCAGUCCUUAUAUGCGAUGUAUGAUAAUCUCAGAGGAGAAGUAAAGUAUAACCUUUGUGCUAAAAUCAGGGACAACGCUGCAUCUUCAUCUUCUUCAGUUUCAGAUUCGGAAGCAUAUCAGUCCCCGUGGCAGUAUGCUGGUGAAGGCAGCUCAUACUUUUCGAAUACUGCAAAUCAUGAAACUGCAUUUUUGGACUUGGAUUCAUUACCCGAUUCACCAACAUCUUCUGGCCAAGAACCUGAAUCUAGAGAUGUUUUCAAGGACUUGAACAAUCGCGGCAAAGGGAUAGAAAAUAGCAUGACAGACAAGUUGAUGAAUGAAUCUGCUUGGUUAAAGGAGAAAGUAACAGAAAAAGAAGAACUUCUUUUGUCUCUUACCAAGAAAUACGAGGUUCACGAGAACGAGAGGCUGGCUGAGAUAAAGAGUUUAGAGGAUCAAAUUGCGGUGAUGAAGAAAGAACUCGGAGAGCAGAUUAUGAGCAAGUCAAAUGAAAUUAAACAACUGGAAAAAGGCAAUGCAGGGCUACAAGUCCAUGUCCGCGAAUUGGAAGCAGCAUUUCGAGAGAAAGAAGAUCAAUUUUCUAAUCUUCUUGCAAGAUUUGAGGAAAAUCAAACCAAAUCAAAGUCGAGAAUUGAUGAUCUAAUGGCACGGGCAAAUUCUCUGCAGCAAAAGUUGGACUCCUUACAUACUGAAAGGAAUGAACAGCUUAAGUUGUUAAACAAUGAAAAACACGAGUUGGAGUUGUCACUGGAAAAGAAGUACCAUGAGGCAACCGUGGAAGUUACAGAUCUAAAAGAGAAACUAACAAGCGCCUCUUUGGUUGAGAAGGAAAUAUUAAAAGAGAAUGAAGGUUUACAAGUACAGGUAAAAGACUGGAAAUUGGAGGUAGGCUCACUCUGCAGCCAAAAGAGUGACUUGGAAAAGCAGAUAAGGGAUAUAAACCGAGAAGCUUAUCGUUCACAGUUAGAAAAAGAGGAGCUAACUGAUAAGAUAAAUGAAUUGGAAACCAUACUUUUAGAGAAGAAACACGAGUUAUCAACUCUUCAAAAGAAACAUGAGGCUUACGCGAAUGAUAUGUCCAAUCAGAAUUCAUCUCUGGCAGCACGAAUUAACACUCUCCAGCAGGAGCUACGAAGUGGAGAAACUGAAAAAGUUCAAUUGCAAUCACAGCUUGAGAAACAGAAACAUGAGUUUUUCCAGAGCCUUACUCAGUUAGAAAAGAAAAACAUCGAAUUGACCAUGAAGAUAACAGAUAAGGAGAAGUCAAUAAGAGAAAACGAACAUGUUAUAAACAAGUUGAAUGAGGAGCAUAACCAAAUGAAGAUCAGGUUAGAAGAUUCCAAAUCAAGUUUGCAAAAUGCUGAAAAGAAAAUAGAAGAAAUGACACAAGAACUACGCAAGAAGUUUGAAGAUGGUUUGAGAAUCUUGAGCAGGAGGAUCCGUGUGGCAGAACAAAUGCACCUUGAGAAUAAGGAGUGGUAUCAGAAAACAAGAGACUCGUAUGAGAAAGAAAAUAACGAUCUAAAAGAGAAAAAUGCAAGGUUACAAGUUGGGAUUAGAGGCAUUAAGGAUAUAACACUAACAGCAAACGAUACGUUGGCUUCACUAGACACAGUGGCUCUAAAAUUUGAGGAGUGCACUGGUCAUUUUUUUAAUAGAAUAUCCAAGGUUUCGUGUGAGCUGCAAUUUGUAAAAGAUUGGGUUAUGAGGAAAAACAAAGCAAUAGUACAUGUACAAGAUGAUCUAGAUUGCUUACUUGCACAGUUGGAUGACAAGGAAGCUGAGAUAUUAGUGUAUAGAGAGAAGGUUUGGAAAUCAGACAAUAAAGUUAGAGAAUUGGAGAAAAUGAUCAAGGAGAAAGAUGAUGGAAUGUUGGCUCUCAAGGAGGAAAAGAGAGAAGCCAUUCGACAAUUAUGUAUCUGGAUUGAUUACCAUCGAAGUCGUUCUGAUUAUUACCAAAAAUCACUUUCUGUCUAUGGCAGUAGAAAGAACCUUUAGGAUUAUUCUUCAGUUCACAUCAUCAAUUUUCUCUAGGCAUACAUAGUUGUACGUCUGAUGAAAAUCAUGAUCAGGGUGUAACAACUUCGACGUGUUUAGUAAGUUGUUUCGAGUUCUCUUUUGUUCUUCUAACAAGCUGUAAUAGGCACUUGUGAAUCAUCAUAUUUAGAUAAUUCUGCAGGCUUGGCAACUUCUCAUCAUUUAUCACGCUGUCCCUUGUACACGUGGACGUGGGAUUUAACCAAUUUUGCCAUUAGUUAGUACAAUUCUAUGUAAAUUACUGAUAUCCUAUACAAUUAUUUCUUACUAUUUGUGUCACAACAUGUUUGGUA